AUAGAGAUUGCCCUGUAAGGUAAAUCAGUUAAAAUCAACCUCUCCUGCCCUGAGUUGAUAGAUAGGGUUAGGGUUGCCAGAUAUCACAAAGUUACAGGAUGCUCAGUUGUAGGGUAUAUCCCUUAUUCUAUAAGGGUUAUAGUAAAAAAUAUUCAUUAUGUGAAAUUCAAAUAUAACUGGGUGUCAGGUAUUCUAUGUGGCAACCCUAGGUAGGGGAGUACGGGUAAGGCAAGAGAUUAUUAGAUUUGCAGCCUCCAAGGUUUCUGCAUCUCGAUGGGGCACUAGAAAGGAAGGCUUCUGGGCCUUUCUGGCUCUGGGAAUGAAGCGUGGAAAACCCUCCUUACGCGGGCGCAGUGCUUCAAGCAGCCAAGUCCUGACUUCCGAGGGAAGAAAGGAGGCCAUGGGCCUCUGCCAGAGCCCUGCUCUGGACUCCAGGGUCAGCAGAGUUCAAAACGACCUGCAUCGUCUGGCGCUUAGCUCCUAAUGGGGUCUCCAGUCCAGCGGCGACGGCCAGCGGCUAGACGCCAUCCGCCCGACUCCAAGAUGGCGCCCGCCACAGCUGCCAGGUGUUAAGAUGGCGGCGCGGGGCCGCGCCCGCGCUCCCACACUCUCCUCCCCCAGCCUUCCUCGGGCUGGUAGCACGACUCGCGUAGCCGUUCGCAGGUUGCCUUUCGGCCUGGACAGUGGUCCUGGCUGCCGGUCGACGACCGCCCCGCGUCAUGCGGCUCCUCGGCUGGUGGCAAGUACUGCUGUGGGUGCUAGGGCUUCCCGUCCGCGGCGUGGAGGUUGCAGAGGAAAGUGGUCGCUUAUGGUCAGACGAGCAGCCUGCUCACCCUCUUCAGGUGGGGGCUGUGUACCUGGGUGAGGAGGAGCUCCUACAUGACCCGAUGGGCCAGGACAGGGCGGCAGAAGAGGCCAAUGCGGUGCUGGGGCUGGACACUCAAGGCGAUCACAUGGUGAUGCUGUCUGUGAUUCCUGGGGAAGCUGAGGACAAAGUGAGUUCAGAGCCUAGCGGCGGCACCUGUGGCGCUGGAGGAGGGGAGGACUCAAGGUGCAACCUCCGAGAGAGCCUUUUUUCUCUGGAUGGUGCUGGAGCACACUUCCUGGAUAGAGAAGAGGAGUAUUACACAGAGCCAGAAGUGGCGGAAUCGGACGCAGCCCCGACAGAGGACUCCAAUAACACUGAAAGUCUGAAAUCCCCAAAGGUGAACUGUGAGGAGAGAAACAUUACUGGAUUAGAAAAUUUCACUCUGAAAAUUUUAAAUAUGUCACAGGACCUUAUGGAUUUUCUGAACCCAAACGGUAGUGACUGCACCCUAGUCCUGUUUUACACCCCGUGGUGCCGCUUUUCUGCCAAUUUGGCCCCUCACUUUAACUCUCUGCCCCGGGCAUUUCCAGCUCUUCACUUUUUGGCACUGGAUGCAUCUCAGCAUAGCAGCCUUUCUACCAGGUUUGGCACCGUAGCUGUUCCUAAUAUUUUAUUAUUUCAAGGAGCUAAACCAAUGGCUAGAUUUAAUCAUACAGAUCGAACACUGGAAACACUGAAAAUCUUCAUUUUUAAUCAGACAGGUAUAGAAGCCAAGAAGAAUGUGGUGGUUACUCAAGCUGACCAAAUAGGCCCUCUUCCCAGCACUUUGAUAAAAAGUGUGGACUGGUUGCUUGUAUUUUCCUUAUUCUUUUUAAUUAGUUUUAUUAUGUAUGCUACCAUUCGAACUGAGAGUAUUCGGUGGCUAAUUCCAGGACAAGAGCAGGAACAUGUGGAGUAGUGAUGGACUGAAAGAAGUUGGAAAGAGGAACUUCAAUCCUUCGUUUCAGAAAUUAGUGCCACAGUUUCAUACAUUUUCUCCAGUGACGUGUUGACUUGAAACUUCAGGCAGAUUAAAAGAAUCAUUUGUUGAACAACUGAAUGUAUAAAAAAAUUAUAAACUGGUGUUUUAACUAGUAUUGCAAUAAGCAAAUGCAAACGUAUUCAAUAGAUUGGACUAUUCUUGUUUUUACUGCAUGAACUUAAUCCAGUAUUUGAAAAGUAAUCCAGUUUGAGAUGUGAAGAUGUAUUCUGGUAGAAUAGUGAGUAGAAUGACAUGCUUACUAUACAGAAGGCAAAAAUAGGACUCUCAGAUAAUAGUUUUAGGAAACCCUUGAUUUCUUAUAUAUGUUUAAGAAGGUUAGUUUUCUAUUUCUUUGCAAUUUUUCUUCCAGAGCCCAAAUUUUCUUUCCAGAGCAGGAAACUAUGUAACGAGAACUGGUUAGUGUGACCCCCUCAAGUAGCAAGUGAUGGAAAAUAAAAGAAUCAAAUACCUUGA